AUGAAGAGGAGGAGGAAGGACAAAAAAGUGAGGAAAAUCAAUACAUGAAGAUGGCAAUGCAGUUCAUGAAGUCAGGUGCCCGUGUCCGAAGGAUUCGUAGUAAGAGAGUUCCUCAAUAUUUAGAACCUGACGUAGAUGUGAAGUUCUCUGACGUAGCUGGGCUUGGAAAAAUUAGGCUUGAGCUGGAGGAGAUUGUCAAGUUUUUCACCCAUGGGGACAUGUAUCGCAGACGAGGAAUCAAAAUACCUGGAGGAAUACUCCUUUGUGGUCCACCUGGGGUGGGGAAGACAUUGCUAGCUAAAGCAGUCGCUGGGGAGGCAGGAGUGAACUUUUUCUCUAUUUCUGCGUCUCAGUUUGUUGAGAUAUAUGUUGGAGUUGGCGCCUCUCGUGUUCGAGCCCUCUACCAAGAGGCAAGGGAAAACGCCCCAUCUGUUGUGUUCAUUGAUGAGCUGGAUGCCGUAGGAAGGGCGCGUGGCUUGAUCAAAGGUUCCGGAGGGCAAGAACGUGAUGCGACCUUGAAUCAGCUUCUUGUGUGCUUGGAUGGUUUCGAAGGCAAGGGAGAAGUUAUUACUAUUGCAUCUACAAAUAGACCUGACAUUCUAGAUCCUGCGCUGGUUCGACCAGGACGGUUCGAUCGGAAAAUUCAUAUUCCUAUACCUGGUUUUAUCGGUCGCAUUGAGAUUUUAAAGGUACAUGCUCGAAAGAAACCAAUUGAUCCAGAUGUGGACUAUAUGGCUGUUGCCAGUGUGACAGAUGGAAUGGUUGGUGCAGAGUUGGCCAACAUUAUUGAGGUUGCUGCUAUCAAUAUGAUGAGGGAUGGAAGAACUGAGAUUACAACAGACGAUUUGUUACAAGCUGCACAAAUGGAAGAACUGGGCAUGCUGGACAGGAAGGAGAGGAGUCUUGAAAUGUGGAAGCAAGUAGCGGUGAAUCAAGCAGCUGUGGCUGUUGCUGCUGUGAAUUUUCCUGAUCUCAAGAGUGUUGAGUUUAUCACCAUCACCCCACGAGCUGGCACAGAGCUAGGCUAUGUACGUAUCAAAAUGGAUGAUGUCAAAUUUAAGAAUAGAAUGCUGAGCCGACAAUCCCUCAUAGAUAAAAUAACGGUUGACCUAGCACCACGUGCAGCUGAUGAGCUCUGGUAUGGAGAAGGCCAACUCAGUACCAUAUGGGCCAAGAAUGCGGACAAUGCACGGUCUGCUGCAAGGACUUUUGUUCUAAGUGGUCUUUCCGAUAAAGAUUAUGGGUUGUCCAACUUCUGGGUCUCAGAGAAAAUAAAUGGAAUUGAUGAAGAGGCAUUACGGAUCCUUAGCAUGUGCUAUGAUCGAGCAAAAAAGAUACUUCGGCGAAACUGGAAACUUAUGGAUGUUGUUGUGGAUGAACUCGUUCAGAAGAAAAGUCUAACUAAGAAAGAGUUCUUGGAGUUGGUGGAGAUGCAUGGAUCUCUCGAACCAUCUCCUCCCACCAUUGUUGAUUUAAGGUUAGCAAAGAGGUCAAAGAUCCAUCCUCCAUUAUUAACCUAAUCCCAGAUCAAGACGAACUGGAAAUCAUGAAGUUUCAUUUGUGCAUAGAAAGGUGCAGGCCCCUGAUUCUACUUUGCAGAAAUGGUGUUUAAGAGCUAAUUUCAAUCAAUAAUCUGCAGGCCUACUGCCUUUUGUUUUUAGUGAAGUCUUUUUACAUUAUUACAUCAAGUAUCUCGUCAAGAUACUCGAUGUUCCUAAACUGUGGUUUAUUGAGUUAUUGGUGUAUAGUUUUUGUGGUUCAGAACAGUUGUUCUAUUCAAUCUCGGUUAGCAAAAGUGCUGGAGUAAUAAUUCACGAUAAUGACUUGCACCUCAAAUAAAUGGAACGCCACUUUCAGUCGACCAGUUUUAUUGCCAAUAAUUUUUGUUUGAAAAGUAUAUAUUUUAUAAAUAAUGUU